GCUCACAAAUGUCCGCGAAGUCCACUUUCCCUUUGUGUGAAUCAAAAUCAAAGUAAAAGCUAUCCCAGUCAUAUUUUAACACGGAACAUUUCAAAUGUGGAAACCAAGUUCUUCAACGGUGAAGUGAACAUGUGCACACGGCGUGCGCAGUGACACCCUCUGUGGUACCUAAAGACAAACGCCGGAUGAUCUUCAGUCUGUGGGUCACCUCAAUGUGGUGGUCAGAGGUCAGAGACAAGCCGCCACGAUGUCAGGAAACAACCUGGUCCUCCCCAUUGUGCUGUGGAGCCGCACGGCCCCCACCCACUGCAUCAGCAGCUUGCUGGUGAUGGACGACUUCAGCACCAUCGUCACCGGCUGCCACGACGGCCAGAUCUGCCUGUGGGACAUGACACCUGAGCUGCAGAUUUGUCCCAGGGCCAUGCUGUUCGGCCACACGGCCUCCAUCACCUGCCUGUCCAAAGCCAGCGCCAGCAGUGACAAACAGUACAUCGUCAGUGCGUCAGAGAGUGGGGAGAUGUGUCUGUGGGAUGUCAAUGACGGACGUUGCAUCGAGUUCACCAAGCUGGCCUGUGCCCACACUGGCAUUCAGUUUUAUCAGUUCACCAUUGGUACUGAGAAGGAGGGGCGCCUCCUUUGCAACGGCCAUUACCCAGAAAUCCUUGUUGUGGACGCCACGAGCCUGGAGGUCCUUUACUCACUGGUCUCCAAGAUCUGCCCCGACUGGAUCAGCUCCAUGAGCAUCAUCAGAUCUCAUCGUACACAAGAGGACACCGUGGUGGCCGUGUCGGUGACCGGCAUUCUGAAGGUCUGGAUCAUAACGGCAGAGGUCAGCAAGAUGCAGGACCUGGACCCGGUGUUUGAAGAGGAGUCCAAACCCAUCCACUGUCAGGGCUGCCAGAGCAUCUCCUUCUGCAGCUUCACGCAGAGCAGUCUGCUGGUCGUCUGCUCCAAAUACUGGAGGGUGUUCGAUGCAGGAGACUACUCGCUGCUCUGCUCGGUGGCCAGCGAAAACGACCAGUCCUGGACGGGUGGAGAGUUCGUUGCAGCCGACAGAGUCAUCAUCUGGACUGAGGACGGCUGCAGCUGCAUCUACAAGCUGCCAGCCAGCUGUUUGUCCGCCAGCGAACAUUUCCGCCGCGAUAUCGGGAAAACCAAAGAGGGUUCGAUCCCGCCGCUCAUCUACAAGAUCGCAGAGCGUGCAGACAAGCAGACGGAAGAAGAGGGAGGUGAGGAGGCGGUGGAGGUGAUUUGCCUCCCUGCCGGCGGGUACGACUUGGAGCUCUACACCCCAGAGCAGCUAUACCAACACCGGCCUCUAGAGGCUCCCCUCCUCAUCUGUCCACCGGUCACGCGCUUCUUCUUUGGCCGCCGGGAGCCUUUCCACAAGCUCCUGAUCCAGGGGGACUCGGCGGGCCGGCUUUCCCUGUGGAGCGUCCCCGACGCCACGCCCAGUCGGACUGCUGCCACCUGUACAGAGCUGCAGGUGUCGUCCACCAUCAGCCUGCAGGAGGCGUUCGAUAAGCUGAAGCCCGUCUCCGCGGGCAUCAUCGACCAGCUCAGCGUCCUGCCGGGCAAAGAAGAACCCAUCAAGGUGACCGCCAGCGUGUACAUCCCCUCGCAGGGCCGGCUGGUGUGCGGCAGGGAAGACGGCAGCAUCAUCCUGGUUCCCGCCACUCAGACCGCCAUCGUGCAGCUGCUGCAGGGCGAGCACAUGCUGCGCAGAGGUUGGCCCCCCCACCGCACGCUGCGAGGUCAUCGGAACAAGGUGACCUGCGUCCUCUACCCGUACCAGGUCUCGGCGCGCUACGACCAGCGCUCUCUGGUGUCUGGAGGGGUGGACUUCUCCGUCAUCGUGUGGGACAUUUUCACCGGAGAGAUGAAGCACAUCUUCUGUGUCCACGGAGGGGAGAUCACGCAGCUCAUCGUCCCCCCCGAAAACUGCAGCACCCGCGUGCAGCACUGCGUCUGUUCCGUGGCCAGCGACCACUCCGUCGGGCUGCUCAGCCUCCGGGAGAGGAAGUGCAUCAUGCUGGCCUCGCGACACCUUUUCCCCAUCCAAGUCAUCAAGUGGCGUCCGGCUGACGACUACCUGGUGGUGGGGUGCUCCGAUGGUUCCGUCUACGUCUGGCAGAUGGACACAGGAGCGCUGGAUCGCUGCGUGAUGGGAAUCACCGCCGUGGAGAUCCUGAACGCCUGUGAUGAGCUGGCCCCCGCCACCGUGGACGCCCUGAGCCACCCGGCGGUCAACUUGAAGCAGGCCAUGACUCGCCGCAGCCUGGCGGCCCUGAAGAACAUGGCCCAGCACAAACUGCAGACGCUGGCCACCAACCUGCUGGCUGCAGACAAUGCAGAUAAGGGUAACUUGCCAAAAUAUUCCCACAACUCACUGGUGGUCCAAGCGAUGAAGACCAACGUGACGGAUCCUGACAUGCACGUGCUCUUCUUCGACGUGGAGGCCAUGAUCAUCCAGCUUCUGACGGAGGAGGCGCAGAGACCAAACCCAACCCUGGUGUCUCCUGAAACUCUGCAAAAGAGUCAGGCCGGAGCCGACAAGGGCGGGUCCUUCCUGGCAAACAAAAUCUUCAAACAGGUGAAGGAGACCAUGAAGGAGACCAUCAAGGAGCACCUGUUAGAUGAAGAUGAUGAGGAAGAGGAGGAGAUGAGGAGGCGUGAGGAGAAGUCUAAGUCAUUGAGCUUGCUGGAGUACAACCUGACCAUGGACACGGCCAAGCUCUUUAUGUCCUGCCUCCACGCCUGGGGUCUCAACGAACAGCUGGAUGGCAUCUGCCUGGAGCGACUGGGCAUGCUCAGACCGCACUGUCCCAUCUCCUUUGGCUUGAUUUCCAGAGGAGGUCACAUGUCCCUCAUGCUGCCCACUUUCAAGGAGUCUUUGUUGCGUCAGUUGUCCCUGGCGACUGGCAGGAAGCUGACCCUAUCAGAUAUUGUGGGUAAGGGGGCGUACGGCCUGUCCAGGGCAGUGACCACGCAGCACCUCCUGUCUGUCAUCUCGCUGGCCAACACCCUGAUGGGCAUGACCAACGCCACGUUUGUUGGAGAGCACAUGAAAAAAGCCCCAGUGAGGCCUCCCAGACCAGGAGGAACCCCGGAGAGUCCUCGGAGGACGCCCGCCGCCCCCGCCCAGCCCUCCAACCCGGCGCUACAGGCCCAGAUCAAACAAGCUGCUCUAGCUGCCAACACCAGCACUGCUGCCACUGCUGGGGCUCUGGGGGCUCCUGGGGGCCUUUCUCAGGGGGCCCCUGGCUCCCCAAGCCCCCACCCAGCUUCUCAUAACAUCCCCUCAGUCAAUGAAGGAUGGAGCCAACUGGCCGCCAUGCACUGUGUGAUGCUUCCUGAUCUUCUUGGCCUGGACAAGUUCAGACCACCUCUGCUUGAGAUGUUGGCGCGGCGCUGGCAGGACCGCUGUCUGGAGGUUCGAGAAGCUGCACAAGCUCUUCUGCUGGCUGAGCUGAGGAGGGUCGGCCAGUCGGGACGCAAGGACACGAUUGACAUGUGGGCUCCUUACCUGCCUCAGUACGUGGAUGCUGUCAGCUCCCCUGGGACGACUACAGAGCCCUCCCCUGCAGCUCCGCCCCCUCCUGAGGCUCAGCCAAUAGAAGCCAAAGCUCCUGAAGAGGAAAUAGAUGUGACGGAUGAUGACAUCACUGCAGGCUGUCUGUCCAACCUCCCUCCAAACGCCAAGAAGAUCUCCAACUCUUACGAGGAGCGUCGCAAGCAGGCCACUGCCAUCGUGCUCCUUGGGGUGAUCGGGGCGGAGUUUGGUGCUGAGAUCGAACCCCCAAAAGGUUCAGGAAGAGCUCGGCCCGGCGGACUGGUGCCUGAAGGCUUUGGGCCCACCAGCGGAGCGUCGUCUAACUACUCGCUAGCUAGACACACAUGUAAGGCGCUGACCUUCCUGCUGCUCCAGCCCCCCAGCCCCAAGCUCCCGGCCCACAGCACCAUCCGCCGCACUGCCAUUGAUCUGAUUGGCCGGGGCUUCACCGUCUGGGAGCCGUACAUGGACGUGUCGGCGGUGCUCAUGGGACUGCUGGAGCUGUGCGCCGACGCCGAGAAGCAGCUGGGGAACGUCUCUAUGGGUUUGCCCCUCAACCCUCCUGCAGAUUCGGCUCGCUCCGCCCGCCACGCCCUCUCCCUCAUAGCCACGGCCCGCCCCCCCGCCUUCAUCACCACCAUUGCAAGAGAGGUUCAUCGACACAACGCAGCUCAGGCCAACUCUCAGUCACAGCAAAAUGUCCACACCACCACUCUGGCCAGAGCGAAGGCAGAGAUACUGCGAGUGAUUGACAUCCUGAUCGAGAAGAUGCCUGGAGAUGUGGUGGAUCUGCUGGUUGAAGUGAUGGACAUCAUCAUGUACUGCAUUGAGGGUUCUCUGGUGAAGAAGAAAGGACUGCAGGAGUGUUUCCCUGCUAUUUGCAAGUUCUACAUGGUGGGUUACUGUGACCGCAGCCACCGCAUCGCCGUGGGAGCUCGCCAGGGUUCGGUGGCCCUCUACGAUGUCCGUACUGGAAAAUGUCAGAAUAUUCACGGUCACAAAGGUCCGAUUACAGCCGUGUCGUUCGCCCCAGAUGGCCGUUACCUGGCGACCUACUCCAACGCCGACAGCCACAUCUCUUUCUGGCAGAUGAACACCAGCCUGCUGGGCCAAAUCGGCAUGCUGAACUCGGCUCCUCAGCUGCGUUGCAUCAAGACGUACCAGGUUCCUCCGGUGCAGCCGGCCUCCCCAGGAUCCCAAAACCACCUGAAGCUCGCCCGCCUCAUCUGGACCUCCAACCGCAACGUCAUCCUGAUGGCUCAUGAUGGAAAGGAGCAUCGCUUCAUGGUCUAAGCCCUCCUGCAGUCGGCGCUGCUGUCAUUGUGGACCGGUUUAGGGAGUUCUGUUCUGGGUCUGGAGGGAAGUUAGUGAAAUGUGGUCUAGAAAGUCUCACUGGGGGAUUUGUGGAACAGCAGCUCAGCUAGAAUGGAACAAAUCCAGUCCAGGUCCCAGUUUGGCUCGCUUAAACUUUAUGUUCUACUGUAACCUUUGUGGAGAAGCGUGCUCUGUACAUAUUUAUAGGCCGUGUGUUUACAUUAGGAUUUGUGCAUAUGUGAAUCAGUGACAUCAUUCUUAUUCCUAUUUAUUUGUUGCUUUUCAUCAGAGUCCCAGUGCUCCUUCGCUUUGUGAGGCAGCUGUUGCUGCUGGUCAGGACAGAAGCGUGCUACCGCGACGCGCUCUCUGGUCUCUGAGCCUGCUUUUGGGAGACGAGCGGUGCAGAACACGCACAUGUUCCAUCACAAGAGGGAAGCGGCUGCAGCUAUAAGAGGCGGCGGCGGCGGGCUUUGACCCAUGCAAGGCCGCACGCAACACGCUUUCCUCGUUUCAAAGAGGCUUCAACCUGCCAGCACUCUGCUUUGACUGUUGUAGCACCUUCAAGGCUUUUCCUGGCUUCACACCGACCUGUGUGUGUGUUUGUGUGUGUGUGUAUUGUGACUGUUAAACACACAUUCUCACUUCAGGCUGUUCGCUCUAAAAGCAUGGAAAGGUGCAGCGCCUCCAUGCAGAGAAGGCCCUCUGAGGUCACAAAGCCACACUCCUUAUUAGGAUCAUUUUAUUCUUCCAAGUGGCUUUUGGGUCGAGAUCAUCAUCAUUCGUGUCGACAUCUGCAGAAACGUUUGUCUGCUGAGCUUGAUGGGGUUUUGGCUUUAAGCUCCAGUACCUCCUCUUAAUAAAUUGUCUGUGUCUCUCACUAGUUCUGAGUAACAGUCCAUGUUCGCCGUCGCCGUCGCCGCCGCUGCUGCUGCCGCCGCCCUCCCUUGGCGUGUGUUGUGGCAUCUGCCUGGAUCCCACUCUCCUUGAACUUGUUUAAAAUGCUUUUUUUUGUUUAACUCAAAUGCAACCUGUUUUUCUAGAGACAAUUUUCUUUCUUUUUUUAAUAAAAAAUGUAACUUUGGAAAUAGAGGACGGCCAAAAGAAUAAAGUACAAGAUAGAAAAGCAGCAGCAGACGUCAGAAUCUAAGGGGGAACAUUUCCGUCUUGAUGUUGUUGAAAUAUGAAAAACUGCUGCUUUGAUUCCCCCCUAGACUGAUUAACAAUUAAAUUUGAUCCUUCUCAGAGUUUUAUCCAGAGAAAUGAAGUUAGAAUAUAUACAAAUAUAAGACGUCUAUCAAUAUUCUAUGGACGGGGAGACCAGUCUGUUGGACAGAGUCCCUCUUGGUGUGUUGGAGGGGUUGGAAGCCUCCUUUUCUGCCCUCCCUCCACCUCCUGUCAGUUUCAUUAGUGCUGUCAGAAAGCUUCUAACACCGUUACACACCUGUAAACCCGAGCGUGUCAAAGCUUUUCACAGGUUCUGCCUCCCCUCAGAGGGAGGGGGGGGGGGGGGCGGCGUCUGGUCGGGGGGAUAUUUUCAAAAACACUCAAACAUGCCAAGUCCAGCUCAUCCUGACAGCUCUGAGAUCUUAAUCUUUCCUUUCCUCCGGCACUCUUAACAGUUUGAGAAAAUAUGUUUUUGGCAGCCUCUCAGGGGAGGACGGGUGAGAAAAAUGGAAAAGGCGGGGAGGAAGAGCUGAAGAGUAAGUAACAAGUGAGGAGAUCAGCUCGGCCAACCAGAAAAAGAGGAUCUGUGGUGAAGGCAGAGAACCAAAGUGUUUUCCCUUAACCUUUGGUUCCUUUUGUUUUGUUUUUCUCCUUCCUGACACGCAGAGAUGAGCCGCCAUCGCCCCCCCCCCCCCCCCCCCCCCCCAUCUCUGCCCCCCAUGGCUAAUUCUGGUCAUUGGGUUCAGAUGCGUUUACAGGAAGUGGCGUGUUUAAAGUGACUGACGUCCUGCAUGUAGAUGAGCCUCCCUUCAUGCUGCUGUGCAUCAUGUGAACGUGUGUGUUCUUCUUAAAGUGUGUUGCUGUUGACUUGGUGUCCAAUAAAGGCAUUCCUGUGUCAAA